UAGGUUUAUAAGCUUAUGGAUAUUAGUGUCAAAUUUCACUUUCUGGAAAGGCAAUUUCAAUUUUCAUCUUCCAAAGCACACGGUGUGCUAGUGCUACUGCUGCCUGCCAGUGGUGGUCUACCCUCUCCAGCUACUCCUGCAGGGGACUGUGUCGUAUAUUUUACUUCAACCUGUCGUUUGUCAGCACCUGGUUGCCUUUGGACAAGGACGGUGAGACGUCCAGCUUUGACUGUAAGAGCUUAUGUGCCUGAGAGUCUGACACACGUCUGUUCAAUGGCUACCUUGGGCUCCACCUCUUCUGCCUUCAUCACCGCCACUGUGCCUGAGGGUUUCCAUUAUGAAACCAAGUACAUUUUGCUCAACUACCUGGGAAUGCUGCCUGUUAAUAGAUCACAGGCACUAACCACAGCUCAAGGAGAUGCCCAGAAUGAGGGAGAGAGGACCACAAUGAUAAAAGGGCAGAUAGCGGAAGAGCUGAGACAACUGGAAGAUGAAAUCGCUGCCUCCUUUUCCACAACAGGCUUCGACCGACACACAUCGCUGGUGUUCAAUCCGGCCAACCCAGAGACCUCUAUUGAAGACUGCCUUGCUGCAGUGGGUGACCGGGUGGCCAGAGUACUUGACACACACUUGGCAGCAGCCGUACACACCCUCCUCGCAGGGCCUCUGGACUACCAGAGAUUCCGAGACACAGCAGUGGAUCUCUCAACACACACACAGGGAGGCUGGAACAAGGUGCUUGUGCCUUUGGUGCUGCUCCAGGCUUUACAAAGCGAGGGUCAGUCACUGACAACUCUGUUGCAUCUGGGGUUGCGCUUCCUAGAGGAGGAUGAAGCUGACUGCAUCAUCCAGCAAGGAGGAUGGGGCGAAAUAUUCAGCCUUGAGUCAGAGGAGGAGCGAGGUGAGACCAUCGCUGAAGACAGCAACGACAUUUACAUCCUCUCAGGGGAGCAGCAUCCUGACCAGCUCAGCCCCCCCUCCUCGCUGCUCUGCACUGGAGAAAACAGCAGUGGGCAGAGCUCCUGGCAGACGGAAAGCUUACCUGUGUCUCUGGCCGGCCACGAGUCUUGGGCACAGGUUUGUGCAAUGGACCCUGAAGACGUCAAGAGCCUGGAUAGCAAUGAGGGCGUGGCUCUGGCUGAAGAGCGCAGCGAAAACAACUCCUCAAAUUCGGACAUUGUCCAUGUGGAGCGCGAGGAUGCUGAGCUGCUCGAGGAAGGCGGUGAAGUCGGAGCAAUAGAAGAAAGCAUGAUGAGUGUUUUAGGCACAGAGAGCGAGCUGGCUGAGCUCAGGGAAGAAUUUAGGGAACAGACUCCACUUGUUCCAGUGUCAGCUGAGGCAGACUCCACAGCCCCGACCUCCCUGCUUUCAUUAGAGGAGCCAGUUGUAAUAGAGACGCCUGCAAUCUUGUCAGCAGAGCCUUCCCUCACCUCCUCAGAACCAGAGCUGCUUCCCCUGGUCCCAGAAGCUGCUGCUCCUGCUCCCUCUGAGCCAGAACCUGCAGCACCUUUAUCUGUUCCUGCAGUAGAACCAGAGCCUGAGCCACAACCAGCUGCUGCCACUGUCCCAGUGCCUGCUGAGGUGGCACCCCCAUCUCUGGCCAAGGAAACCCCAGCAGCAUCAGCAAAGCCUGAAGGCACCUCAGAACCAGCUCCUGAAUCAGAACAGGAACCGGAGCCUGUCACAGUGCCUCCCCAGCCAGAACCAGAGAUCGUGGCAGAGUCAGAGGUCCCGCUGGCUGCACCCCCUGUCCUAGAGGCCCCUGCAGAAGCCCCAGCUGAGGAGUCCCCAGUGCAGCCAGAGCCAGAAUCAGAGUUCCCAGUGCUGCUUUAUGGAGGAGCUGCACUGGUGGUCCUCGCUGCUGUAAUGGCAUACGGUAUCAUAAGCUACAGGAGGAAGUAGAAAAGUAUCUUUGUCAGGGGAGGAGCAAAUUACAAGAUGUUAAGGUAGAAAUAAAUGUAAUAUUACACAAAUUGCGUUGGGUUUAUCAAAUGAGGCUGCAUUUUUUUUGGUUUUUUUAUCUGCGAAAAUGGCCCCCCAGCAAACCAAAACCUCACCUCAUCUACAAACUAACUGCUGGGAGUCCUGGCUGCUUCACCGCAACAGGUGCAAACACAGAAAGGGGAAAACAAUGCACUCCACUGUUCUCCUUAUUUUUGAUGUAUUUUUUUUCUCUCUCAAUCCUUUUGGGUUAACUUAAAAUUUUGUGUUUAAACUCCAGCCCUUUCAUUGUGAAAUUGUGUGGACUAACAUCCCUCUUCUAUCAGUUUUGGUUUCUGUAGUGUUCGUGGCUCACUGUUAGGCUUGUUUUGUGCCAUUUGAGUCAGCGUAGCUCCAUGGAAAUUCACUGGCAACGCUCCCAUAGCUAAAGUAAACCUCAAAGCCCACAUUUACUGUUGCAGUGUGACUCAAGUUUUUCUAGCUGUCUCUCUUUUGCAUUUAUUUAUAUUUUUCCCCUCUGUGGUGAGUUAAUCUGAUACUUUCUCUGAUAAACAACAAAAACAUGAAUUGCUGAUGAUAUGGAAAUGAAACCAGUAAUUUGAUUUUAUGUCAGUUUGAAACUACUUCUGACACAGGCACAUUAGGGUUAGAUUUGUUCCAUAUUUCACAGGGGAUUUGUAUCACUGCAUGUGCAGCAUGUUUUAGUUUUUGUGUAUUAAAACAUUAAAGAUUGUGCCCAAGAAUGGAUGAAAGUAUUUAAAUGUGUCCUGAGGUACAGUACUGCUGCUACAUUUUGUAGAAAUUAUACAUCAAGCAUGCUGAUGUACUUCAAGGUCCCGAGUCAUUGUUUUUGCCAUAUAUAAAUCUGAAUAUACUGUGAAGGUCCAAAAAACCCAAACGGUUAAAUACAGCAACAUUCUUGUUGCAAUGGAUUUUCCCAUUUUAUUCAUACAGUAUAAGGUGUCAAGCAGUACCUUAUGUAUGAGUUGGCUACAUUGUGUAAACUGUACUACACUGUGUUAGCAUUAGCUAAACAGGAACAUGUCAGCCACUGCCAAAGUGAGCAGUAUUACUCCAGAUAAGGAGAGUAGCAGGAAUAUGACUACAGCACAUAAAUUCAGUCAUUCCUUUGAUGUAAAUGGAUUUAAUGAUGUAAUUUACUGAAUGGGCAACAGGAACCACCUUUUCUCUGCAAUUUAUUUCCUGCCUUUACUUUUUCUGCCUGGUGUCUUUAGUCCCCAGUAUUUUUCUCUGUACCCUUUUCUAUUACUGCCCAUAAUGUAGUUACUCAUGCCACAGCCUUCCAAUGACAGUUGCAGCUGUCCCAGUGACUGUUUGUCCAGUUAGGAUUUCAACUCCAUACCCUCCCUGAGUAGAAUGAGGUAUUGAAGGCAAAAAUGGGUUCUUCAGCGACAAUCAAUACAGUGUCAACCUGUGUGUAUGGUUUCACAUAUGCAUAGAAAGCAAUGACAGUAACUGAAACUUGAUAAAGAUGCACUCGACCUCUUUUGUUGCUAUGAAAUUACAUCUUUACAUGAAUAUCAUACAGCUUGCAAAAUCGCCGCAGUUAUUAGUGAGCCAAUACACAGUGCAGAGUUCUUAAACAGAAAAUGUGAACUGUUAUGGGAUCACGUCCAGUCUUCCCCCACAUUCACUUUAGACAGAAUAUUUGCCUGCCCUUUGGGAAUUCGUCAUUGAGUCGUGUCGGACUUGAUUGAUUAAAAAGGUGACAAACUCUUUUUUUGCCCUCAGUGCUGCUGCCUCACCACUUAAAUAUUUUCUCUUUGAGAAUCUAGGGAUAUUGUGGUAAGUUGUAUCACUAUGAAAAUGUACGAAUGGCUGUUAAAACAUGGUGUUGGACAGAUACCAUCUUCUUUGAUACAGAAAGGAUGUUACCAUGUAUGUCAGUCGGUGUUACACGUAGUGUACUCAUGGACUCAAACUACGCCUGCUUUCAAAGAGAAACUGUUAAAAGUACAGAGUAGGACAGAUGUCAAAAGGCCACAAACAUGACACUUUGUACCUUGAGUUUCCUACAAUACACUGUUUGAGAUGAGAAUAAUAAAAUAUGUUUGAGAACCUUU